GUUUGACAACAAUUGUAUUAAUUUUUAUGUAGGAAGCACGCGGAAAAAAAAAUUUGCGGUUAAUAGUGAAUUUUUCUUAGAAUACUAAAGUAUACCGUAUGAGUUAAAGCUAGGACGUGAACUCAAGUACAUGACCUUUUUUUAUUAAAAUGGAGAACCAGUUAUGGACAAAAGUAUUUCAUGCUGUUAGUGGAAGAAACAAAAAUGAAUUAAAAGAAAUUUUUAGUAACUGUAAAGUGACUGACAAGAUGUGUACUGAUGUAAAAUCUGGAGAUACAGCCUUUCACUUGAUCUGCAAAUUGGGAGACUUGGAGAUUCUAAGAUUCUUAGUAGAGGUGUGUGUAGACUCACUAGAGGAUCUGGAGGCCAUGAAUUUUGACCGAAGAACAUGUUUACAUGAGGCAGUAACAGCUUGCAAUGUCAGUGUGGUGAAAUAUCUUCUGGAAAAAGGUGUAACUGUGGAUGCUGUGAAACGAGGAGAAUGGACCCCACUUAUGCUUGCUUGUGCUAAUUCUGGCACGUCAUCUUGUGAUAUUGUCAGUUUGCUUCUCAGAUUUGGGGCAAAGACAAAAGCUCAGAACAAAGAUGGAUGGACACCAGUCAAUCUUGCUGUACGUUUAGGUGAUGAAAACAAAAUAAAGCUUCUAGCAUCUGUUGAUAUUGAUGCACUGAAAAUCAAGACAAACAACCAACGAACCAUACUACAUACUGCAGCUCUCCAUGGUAGGGCAUCAGUACUAAAGUUCCUUUUGAGCUCAGAGUAUGGCUGCCGGGAGAUGCUGAGUUGUACUGACAUGUGUGGUGUUUCACCUUUCCUUGACGCAGCUGCUAGUGGAAGCCUGGAAACAGUGAAGGUUAUCCUGUCAUAUUAUGAUGCCCUAGAUGACAAGGACAAGAAAGGACUGAGUGCACUUCAUCAUGCUGCACGCACAGGAAGUGUAUUGGUGAUUGAGUUCCUGGUAAAAGAACUAGGAGCAGAUGUUAACAGUGUUUCAGACAUUGACAGAGUAACACCAUUACAUGUUGCAGCUCGUGAGAAACAGAGUGACGUUGUUCAUCUUCUGAUGAAGCUGGGAGCUGACACUUCUCUGACUGAUGCACAUGGUCGCAGUGUAUUGGAUUACAGUGCAGCUCCCGUCACCUGAGUAAUGUAAAGGUUUCCACAAGUAACCAAGAGGACUGAUGACAGAACUACAGCUAUUACUCGGUACAAUCCCUCCAUUCAUAACUGGUUAAAACUUUGGUCUUUCUGAUCCAUUUCAAUUUUGCACUAUUGAACCGGUAAAUAAUACACAAUGUGGUGUCCAGUACAACAACAAUGCAAAUGUUGAAAUGAGGCUUAAAUACUUGCUUCAUAGUAAAACCCCAGUAAUGAUAAAAGCUGAUGUUUUCCAAAACACAACUUCUUCCACAGCUCCUGAAUUACUGCUUUGAGACCUUUUAGGUACAGGAGAUAUUCUCUCACUUCCUUAUUUCACAUCUUCAUAUUUUGUGUUCUUGAGCUGGUACAGUUGAAAUACUAGUGGCUGUGAUGGUAUUUAAGAAAUUUUCUUGAUAAGUUGUGGUCUCAUGAAGAUAUACAGAAGUUUUCUGAGAUUAUCUUAUACAUCAUUAAUGUAGUUCUCUCUCAUCAAAACCUCUUCUUGAAAAGAUGUCUCUAAUUCUUGAAGUUCCUCGUAUUUUCUUUAGAUGACCUGAAUUUCUUAUCAUCAUCACACACAAUUUUUCUCUCAGGAUCUUCUGAAGGUUUUCUGUCCAGUGCUUUCAUGAAGGAAAGAGUCCUUGACAUCUUAUUGUGAUUUUCUCUGAAGAAUGUAGCCUUUCUUAACUGCGGACUCCAGUGCCUUUUAUUGGACAUGGCUCUCUCUUUCCUGGUUGCUGAAGUGUCCUGUAGUUUUAAUUCUGUUUGUUCUCUAAGACAUGGUAAAGUUCUGCCACCUCUUUUGCAAUCUUGAAUGUCUCUUUCUUGAGUGUAGACCCCUUCUCUUUAAGACUGUUGUUUCACACUAAGUUCUAAAUGUGUUCUUUACUUAAUUUAUGUACUCAACAACUCAGACAUUUGAAAAUCUCUAUUUCCUUAUUGUGUUAUCUAGAAAUAAUGUGCUGAAUGUACUAUUCAGUUUCUUCCUUAACCACAUCACCUCACUGUACAACACCCUCUGCAUUAAAACUGCAUUCUUCACACAGCCUCUUAAGAUGUUAGAAUAUGGUUCCAUUAGAAAUGACUCCCACUAGGUAAUCUGCCUCCAUAUUAAUCAAAAUCCCCAAGCUACAAAGAAACUUAAACAAUUCUCUCUUUUUCGAAAAAAAAAUGUUGUUUACUUAAAAUCAGUGAGUGUGGUAGCAAAUAUGGCCCAUAUAAUGUUACAUUACUUUCAGUUAUACUUGUGUCUUUUUCUCUUUCAUAAUUAUACUCAUACAUAUUUUACUACAUAAGCAGAGCUCUAUUACAAUUACCAAUGAUUGCAUUAAUGUUUGUGAGUGAUUGAUACAGUUGUUUUCUUGAUUAAAACUUGUAAUGUGGUCUCAACAAAUCAUCAUGGUUCUUAUCUUGUGAUACUGUUUGGUGUUCUGGAAAUAAAAACCUGAAGUAUAAUUGUGAGACGUUUGAUGCAAAAAAGAGAAUGAAGUUUGCACAGAAGUAAAGGAAAAAUACAAUAUUAAAACAAUGCAUGUGCAGUAAAAUA